GCGUCGUCCCACCCCUGUUCCGCGGCGUCUCGACGCCGACGUCGUUGUUCAGUCCAGUGUGCGGAUGAUGCACGCGUGUAACCCGGGUGCCGUCGUGCCGCGAAAAUCCACAAUGUCGAAAAGUAAUCGACGCGUCUAUCGAUGAGAGGCGCGGAGCGUCGCGACGCCUCAUCGAACAUGUAAAUCCUGUGCUAAACGCUGGUUGGAAAAACCACAAAACAAAAAUUCGCCCCGAAAAAAUUCGAAAAUAUCAUCGACUACAAGAAAAUCAGCUCGUAUUUUGGACCAAGAUGUUUCAGCUUUAAUCCAAAGAAGCUACAUUUCAAAAACUGUCCACCGAUUGGAGAAAACCGUAACGUAAUCCCAAUGAAACAACUUAACCACUAGAAAAAGGAAGGUGCAUGGGGGGCAAUGGGUGUCGGUGCGACUGAGGGGGGGCUUCGUAGGCGAAUGCCGCUGCGACGUGUGGGUGGUGGUGUGGCAACGGGCGCCUCUGGACUUGGCGGCAGGGCCAUGCGCUACUACCGCCUCUGGAUCUACACUUGCAACACUGCACUUCUGGCCGGAGCCUUAGCAUUUUGUGGGGCCGCUGCCAGAACCGUCCUUUUCGAUUUUAGAAGGUCACUGGUGCCGUCUUUGACCUUAUACCAGCCUUCAUUCCUUUACGCUUAUCUAGCACUCGCCACGCAAGGAGGGGCCCUCCAACUUUUGGGCUGUGUGGCGGCUUUACGUCUUUCCGAAAAACUACUCAACGCCUAUUGGUUGCUUUUGCUUGUCCUGCUGUUCGGCGAUGUGGUCCUGGGCGCCUUCUGGGCGUUCAAGUUCGAACGCAUCUGCCAGGAGCUGAAGCCCACGCUGCGGAUCAGGUUUCAGCAGGAAUACGGAAGCAGCAGCGAGCUGACGGCGAUGUGGGACCGCCUCCAAGAGGAAGACUCUUGUUGUGGGGUGAGCGGUCCCAGCGAGUUCAACAGCAGUCUUCGAUGGGAGAUUCCUCCCAGUUGUUGUGUCGAGCCUCCUCCGGCCAACUCGACAAAGUGCUCCAAGACCCACACGUCUGGCUGUGACGAAAGACUUCUGGCUUACCUCAAAGCCACGGCCUCGAUUCUUGCAAUUUUGGGCUAUUGUGUGCUCGCCUUCCUCAAGCUGUGCUUCCUCGGGAUUUUGCGAUACGAAAUCCGGGAGAUGAUCCAGAAGAUCCGGAUCCUCCGGACCGAGUUGGAGUUGACCAACGCGAACGGUGCGGUUCCGGGCGCAAUCCGGGCCGAGAGUGCCGAAAGCGAACGCGAAUCGUUACUCGUGCGACCGGAAAGUGCCGCUUUACUGUCGUCGCCGCCGACGCAAACGAAAAAUCCCAACGGAAAUAAUAAUUACGAGAUGAGGGAGUAUCGCAGCCACGAGAACAUUUGACUAAAGUAUCGCCUGGAGGGCUUGUUCAAUCGCGGUCGCUGGGGCCGCGUGAAGAAAGGCCCUCUGGCUACGCCCCUCGAGGAGAUCUUCAAGCGCAAACCCAGGACGAGCAGAGUGAAGGACGACCCCUGCUGAAAACGAACUAGUGCUUUGUCUAGCUAAUGCAGUAGAGGAAAAUCACACGCAAUAAUAUUCUCAAGCCACAAGUUUUUUUUUCGCUUCUUAUCAUUCCGAUUGUACAGUGUACAUAAUAUACAGACUUUAGACUACUCAAAUAGACAGUGCAAAAACUGUGUUACAAAGACUGGUCCCUUUUUAGGAAGGAGAGACACAAGAAGGACGCUCAACUAUUGCGAGUGUGUUUAUAUGAGCUUAUUAUUAUUGUUAUAGUGCCUCGCCUUAAGUAACUUAGCUAAUAGGCCAAUCAAACUAGAAUUUAAUUAAUGAAAAUUUGUCCAGUUUGAUUGGCUUAUAAAAGUCGAAGUGCAUUCUGGUCUAAUAAAAGUUCAAGUUUGCGUUUCCAUUUUAAAAGGGACGAUUUUUUCCCUCGCAUGCCUUCGAUAUUAUCUGAUCUCGCAGUUCAGUUCAUGAAUGAAAAACCGGCCAGUCGUAAAUAACGAGCUGUGGCGGCCGACCAAGUUGCCAAUAGAUCCUUGACGGAUCGUCCUGAAGCCGGAGCGCAAAAACCGACAAAGUUUAAGAUAUUUCCAAGUCAUUUUAGAUAAAUUCCCAAUGACAUCUUUUCACUUCUUUUGAAGUCGAGUCAAUUAAGCAAAAAGCGUACCGGCUAAUUCUAAUUAAUAGACCUAAUAAUACUUUAAUUGAAAUACGCAGUAAUUUAUGACACACUAAAAAACAAACACUUAUUACAGCUUAUUAGAGCGUUCUAAGUAAGGUAAAGUACAAAGCCGUUUUAUAUGAUGCGUAGUCUUUAGUAAAACCUUGUAUCAUAAUUAGACUAACAUUAAACCAACACUAAAAGUAAAGGAAAAUCGCGUUUAAUAAAACUAAAAUGCCUAGAGUUAGAAGAGCUAUAACCGUAUCUUAUUAAACUUAUAUUCUAACUGUAAUUUAAACCAACUGUAAAUUUCUAGAUCAUAAUUCAAAUGAACCAAUCGAACACCAAAUAGUUAUAAAUCUAAUCGCUGUUAGUGUUAAAGGGACGAUUUAUUAUAACGAACGCGCAAAUAAAUCAUCGCUCUUUAAAUUAGAUGUCAUAAUAAAAAUAUCCCUUAAUCGCAAUGCAACUGCGUCGGCCGUUUCACUCCAAAACCAAGAAAAAUAAUCUCUAGACCAAUAAAUAAAAUUUAUCGACCUUGUUUAAGCUUCCCGAUUGAUUGGCGCCAUCUAGUGCGCGUUAGAUUUAAUGUAUCAUUGUUAAAAGAGCUAUUUCAUGUUAAUACACAUGUACAAGAUAACAAAUGAUGUAUAUAUCUAUUUAAUAAAGUGUAUUGUUAGUA